ACUGUUGUUUUGUGAUGGAAUGGAAAAUGGCGGCUGUUUAGAGACAUUCAUGCCGAUAGGUUUUGCAGUUCUAGUUACACAGAGAAAGUGUUUUUCCUAUGGUUAAGCUUGUUCGGAUACAGGCAUCUGUUGUUAAAUAACCCGAGGAUAUGUUUGGGGUUCUAUCGGAGGACAUUUUGAACUCAGCAGACCAACACUGGCCCGGCUCGGAUUAGAACAAAGCUUCCGUUGAUCUUGUAUUUAGAAAAACUAUAUAACUUAUAAUUCUCGCUAACUUCUAGACUAUGAUGUAGCCGAGUAGGACUACUUUUUUCUUUUUGCAUCUUUUUAACCGCUUUGGUAGUUCACUGUAAAUCAAAGCGGAAUCAGCCAAGCUCUCUGUAAGCUCCGUUAGUUUAAUCUUUUUAACGGGUCUUGGAUUGCAGCCAUUUAGGUCCAUACGUUUUAGCGAAUUGUUUACUACGAAAGAGCCAUGUGGCCCUACGGUGCAGGUUAAAGGUCAUCUAUGGUGGUUCUUUACUUCUUCAGUGGAGAGAAGCCAGUCGUUCCAACUGAAUAUGGAUGAUUCAAAGCCUCGGUUCAGCAAAAGGCUGCGAGCCGGUACUCGAAGGCGUUACCAUGACGAUGGGAUCUCAGAUGAGGAGAUUGAUGGGAGAAGGAUGUUCGACUUGGAGGAAAAAGUCAGCAGCGAAAAGUUCAGUUCUGAUCGAAUCGUCCGCAUGGAAGGAAAAGAUUUUACAUACGAGUUUGUCCAGAAAGGUGGCCUGAGAGACCCGAUCCUGUUUGAGAAGCCUGAAGGCCUGGGAAUCAAGAUGCCAGAACCCGAUUUCAGUGUCAACGAUGUCAAAACGUUUGUUGGUAGCAGACGCAUGAUAGACGUAAUGGAUGUGAGCACCCAGAAGGGGACGGAGAUGUCCAUGGCCCAGUGGACGCGUUACUAUGAGACUCUGGCGUCCCAGAGAGAGAAGCUCUAUAAUGUUAUAAGUCUUGAGUUCAGCCACACCAAGCUGGAGAAUUUGGUUAAAAGACCAACCACAGUGGAGCUCAUAGACUGGGUGGACAACAUGUGGCCUCGUCAUUUAAAGGAGAGGCAGAGGGACUCAACCAACUCCAUCAAUGACAUGCAGUAUCCAAAAGUCCAGAAAUAUUGCCUGAUGAGUGUUCAGGGUUGCUACACAGACUUUCACAUCGACUUUGGCGGGACGUCAGUCUGGUACCACAUUCUCAAAGGGAGAAAGGUUUUCUGGCUGAUCCCUCCGACGGAUCCAAACCUGGAGCUGUAUGAGAACUGGGUUCUGUCUGGGAAGCAGGGGGACGUUUUCCUGGGAGAUCGAGUGUCUGACUGUCAGAGGAUCGAACUGAAGCCGGGCUGCACGUUCAUCAUACCCUCAGGCUGGAUUCAUGCGGUUUACACUCCUGUGGAUUCGAUGGUGUUUGGAGGAAACUUCCUGCACAGCUUCAACAUCCCCAUGCAGCUAAACAUCUGCAACAUUGAGGACAGAUCCCGGGUUCCUGUGAAGUUUCGCUGCCCGUUCUUUUAUGAGAUGUGCUGGUACGUGUUGGAGCGCUACGUCUUCAGUCUGACGAAGACGUCCUACUUCACCGCCGAGUUUCAGAAAUACUCACUGGGUACAGAGGAGGAUUCUGAUAAGAACGAAGAGUCGGAAAAGCCUCCAUCCAAAGUCCAUUUGACGCCGCUGGAGCUGGAGGGGCUCUGGAGUUUGAUCAGCAAACUGGAGGCGCUGCCGUCGAGCAAAAAGAGCGUCCCGGCCGGGAUCCAGAACGCUUCAACACUCAUGACGCACAUCAAGGCUUUACUGAAGGAACAUGCUAAUGACAACCCUAAGCUGUCCUACACUGGAAAACCGAUUGUGAAGUGGCCACCCAGGCCUUCGUGGUAUCAGCCGCCUCCUCCGCCUCCACCGCCACCGGCUCCUCGUCCUAAACCGCCCUCAGCGACCUCCAUGCAGCGAUCGCAGAAACCCUCCUCCUCCAUGUCCUCCCUGAGGCGCCGCAGAGUCAGAUGUAAGCGCUGUGAGGCGUGCAUAAGGGCGGAGUGUGGAGACUGUAACUUCUGCAGAGACAUGAAGAAGUUCGGAGGACCUGGGAAACUCAAGCAGACCUGUGUGCUGCGGCAGUGCCUCUCCCCGGGCCUCCCGCUGUCUGCAGUGUGUGAAAUCUGCAAGGAGCCGAACCAGGAGGAAACUGGAGACGCUUCCCUCACGCUGAUGGAGUGCUCCAGCUGCGCUCAGAUUGUCCAUCCUGCCUGCCUCACGGUUCAGGGCGACGGCGUCGUGAAUAAAGACCUGCCCAGCUGCUGGGAGUGUCCAAAGUGCGUCCAGGGCAUCACCGAUCGAGAGUGUAAAGGUGACAGAGGCGAUUCAAUGGUGAGUCAGAAGUUAUUUUAUCUUUUACAUUUUAUCCAAAUGUAAAAGAUAGUGACGCCUUCAAAUGCAUUUAUAUUCCUUGAACCUUUUUCAUAUUUUUCCACUUUAUUAGGAUUUUAAGAGAUAGACUCAUAAUGUAACUGGGAUCAGUUGGAAUGUGUGUCUAAUUUAAGUUUUUGUAAAGUGCCUUUUGUGAAAUUAUUUGUUGUGAAUUGGUGCU